AUUAAAUACGGAUAUUAAACGUGUUAUACGAGUUUUAUACGUGUUAAGUACGGGAGCCAUCAAAUGAACGAGAAAAAAUCAAACGGCUUGACAAUAAUACAGAUACGAAAAUUUUAAACGGAUAAAAUAUGCACAUUAAACGGAGUAUUUACUAACUAUACUGAUAACCACGGUGAUUGCUGAUACUAAGUAAUCACCUAACCUCUCUCCAAACUGAUGUUCGAAUCGGACAUUUUCUGCCAACAAAUAACAAUGCUCUUCUUUUGAGCACCAACUCCCACAUAAUUUACAUUUCGGGUUAGUUUAGAACGCGAGUUCAGCAUGAGUUGUAAAAUGCAAUCCACGGCGCUCCCAACCCAAGUCCCAACCUGCAUGUUUUAGACGUUUAAAACCUAAACCACUUAUAACCAAGCCGCUCCUUUCGUCCUUCCGUUUACAACCCACGGCAGAGCAGAAGUACCACAAAAAGCGCGCUCUCUACUUGCCCCUCAGAGAUCGUUGAGGCGAGCAAUGGCUUCCUUAUCAGCGGCGGAAGACCCAUCGUCGUCGCCUAGCAUAUACAUACCCGACGAGUGGGAGGCGGCCGCAGACACCAUUGCGUACGACUCCAACACCAGUCCGCCUCCUAUUGCCUUCAUUUGUGGCGCCAAAAACUGCGGCAAAACCACCUUCUCGCGUUACCUCCUCAACGUUCUUCUCCGCAGAUAUAAGAAAGUGGGAUACUUGGACACCGAUGUCGGGCAGCCUGAGUUUACUACUCCUGGUUUCUUAUCCUUGACAGUGGUUGACAAACUAACUGAAGAUUUGACGAUUCCCUGCUUAAAGACACCUGAGAGAUGCUUUUUCUUUGGCGAUACUUCUUCCAAGCGGGAUCCUACAUCUUACCUGAAGUAUAUAUAUGCACUCUGUGACUACUAUCGCAAGGAGUUCUGCACUGGUACUGAGAGUUCCCUAAAGAGAGGGUUGCCUCUUGUGGUUAACACCCCGGGUUGGGUUAAGGGUGCUGGUUAUGAUAUACUGGUGGACAUGUUGAAAUAUAUUGCUCCCACGCAUGUGGUCAAGAUAGAUAUUUCAUCGACAAAAAAGAAUCUACCGGCCGGUAAAUUUUGGUUAGAUGAAGAUGCAGACCAGGAGGUUAAUCUCAUUGAGAUCUGUUCAGCUCAUCAGAAUUAUAUCAAUAGACCGGCACUAGUGAAAAAGGAUGCACAUCUUUUGCGGGACUUGAGAAUGAUGGCUUAUUUCAGACAGUGCUUUCCUAGUACCCUGAAUGUUACCACAAUCAAGGAACUUGCUAAUGCCCUUGCUUCUCACCCUCCUUACCAAGUUCCCAUAUCAACAAUUAAGAUAAGACAUCUGUAUUGCCAGGUACCUCAAUCAGAAGUCUUCUACAGUUUGAAUGCCACUAUUGUCGGGUUGGCAAAUAGUUCUGAGCAGGCAGGAACUCUACCAUGGUGUCUCGGUCUGGGCAUAGUGAGAGGAAUCGACACAUCAAAGGGAUUGCUAUACAUAAUCACCCCUGUUCCACAAAGCACACUGGAAAAAGUUGAUCUUCUUCUACAGGGAUUUGUCGAGAUACCUACUUGUUUGUUGCAGGUGCAAGGAUGUAUGUCGCCUUACAUGUCUGCAAAUGUUUCGCCAGCAAGUUAACACUCCUGGUAGAAAGCGUAAAGUCUAGCGACUCAUGGUGCACGCCUUACACCCUUGCCAACAGAAAUGGAAAGCUUAUUAUAAUGAGGAACUCUAGGUUGUAGCUAUUCUAAUUUCUAAGUUAUGAAUGAGAUUUCACGUUUGAUGGUCCAUGCAGUUUUCUCUGUUGUUGAGAAAUGGAAACUGAGACUAUUUACAGAGCUCUAUUUUCAGGUUCAUUAGGAAGAAAGGAAAGAGAUAAGA